GUUUCUCUAUGUUUGCUUCUUUCGAACUUCAUUCAUUUUUUUCUUUUUUCUUUUUGGAACGACGAUGAUGCUUCUGUCUACUAGUCGCCGUCGACUUUAUGCCUCCUUGUUGGGCACUAUCAGCCUAUCCCUGGUUCUAAUUCCAGUCAGAUGCCUGGUAGUGACAGUUCCAAGUCUGGAUACCAUGGCGUCCAGGCUCGGCGAGGAAUCGGCCAACUUGUUGAACUACCGCGUGGCCGUGGGAGACAAAGAAAGUCCCUUUCAAAUGAAGGAUAUGCAUGUGCAACUGAGCGAUUCCUUGUCGCUUGAUAGAAAGAAGCAUUCCACGGGGAUUUACGAUUGUCGGCUUUUGGAGAAGCCGACUUUUAUCAACGACAAGGGCGAACAGCCCAUAGCCUUGGAAAGUGGAGGAUGGGAAAUCACGUGGGGUCCAAAUUCACCUCAUGGCCAUUUAGUUUGCAGCUUUGUGUCUCCCGAACAAGUCAAACGCAACGAAGGUGCUACGUUGGAAAAGGGACGAUUCUUUAUUCGUCAUCGCGUGUGGACUUCCAAGACGUUGGAGUCGGAACGAGAGCGACGACGGGGCAUUCAAUCCGAAGCGGCCAAGCUGUUGGAUGACCGUGACCAAAAGGUGAAACAAAUUACCGAUACCAACGAUAGUCUGGCUUCCAAAACAUGGAGUUACGCGCAGGCAGCCAAGACUAUGGGCACCUAUCGCGAUUUGGGAGUCUACGAGGCUCGCUUUGUGCCACUCUACGAUGAUCAAGUCUUGGAAUUGAUCAAGGAUGAUUGCAUUUUGUCAAGUCGGGGACAAGUGUUCCAGGUUCAAAGUCGAAGACAAGGACCAGUCAAUAUCGGAGAAUCUAGGGUGGAAUUUCUCAAAAAGAGGGUCUAGCUAGCUUCACCAGGAUAGCUGUGUCCAUCCGUUAGCUACGAAAGGGUACAUCAUACCGACCACAACACACGACAUUUGGAUUGGGGCAGGCGAUUAAUCCAGGCAAAAAGACCAAGCGACAAUCAGUACGGUUUCAACUUCUCGAUACUUGACAGACUCGUGAAGUACAGCAACCGCUUCAAGUUUUUCUGAAUGCGGCGGUGUCCAGAACUGAUCGCAAACAAAGGCACGGUAGAAUGUUCACCUGCUACUGGUAUGCCUUUUGGAAUAGCCGAUCAUGGUGUUUAUAGUCUAAUUUUGAAUUUGAAUUUGGGCUUUCUAUUUCGAUCAAUAG